GAUUAUAACAUCUAUGCAUAAACUCUAGCAUCCCCAAUUAAGGUAGUUAGAACAUUUACUAUCAACAGAGCCAGCCUUAGUUUUUACAUAAGUAUAUUGUUAUAGACUUAUACUAGUUGAUACUUGACAAGCUUUAAGCUAAUAAAGUUUUGGUUGUUUUGGACGUUUGAAACUGUAUGUGCUUAAUUAGUUUUGUUCUAAUUAAACAAGUUAAAGUUCUAGGUAGCCUUUUAAUAAGGGGUAUCCUGAUCUGUUACAGCAUUUUAUAUAAAGUCUACUACGUACUGUAUAUUCUUCCCGAUCGUGUUGUCGUUGUUGGACCCUAUAUAUAUAUCUUGACCAAACUUCCAUUUAAAGCAUAAUCAUGCUUGACAUGUUUGAUAAAGUAUUGUCUCUUCUCAGUUUAAACAGAUUUAAUUAAUUAGAAGAGAAGCCAAGUUAUCUUCUCUUUUUGUCUUAUGCAUUUUUUUGUAUUAGAAAUUUAGAAUCAAUUGUUGAAAAUAUAUCCCAAAAAAGUCAAGCUUAACUCGAAUAACAGUUUCAAACCAGUGGAACUAAUUUCACUAACUAUAAAUCAUUAGUACAUGAUGAAACAUCGCUAAUCAUGUAGGUACUAUAAGUAAUACGUCAUUUGUGUGUGUUUCUGACUCACCUAUCUUUGUAUAAACUAAAAUGCACAUUACACAGAAAAAAAACAAAACCCACAAAAGAAGAGAUCUGUUCCACCGAACUUUGGUCAGUCAACUUGUCGAAAGUCAACUAACAAACGGUGGCACACUCUGUCACAAAAGUAAACAUGACUAUACAUGUACAACUCUCAGUUUAAUAUUCAAACAAGUCUUUGUUAUAUUCCAACAUCAAACACCAAAACCAGUAAAAGAUGGCUCCAAGAACACCAAAACGCCGCACCGUUCAGCAUUUCACGCAUAUUCAUCCACUAACCGAGUUUAACAGCGCCGGUGACUUCAUCUGCGACGGCUGCAAAACCUACGGCUCAGGCAAAACCUAUCGAUGUGAACCAUGCAACUACGAUCUCCAUGAAUACUGCGCCACGUGUCCCCUCACCUUACCAACCUUCAUUCAUCCCAACCAUGAACUCAGCCUCGUCGUCCGUAAACAACAGUCCACGCGCCAGAACGAACGCGCAUGCGACAUCUGCAACGAGUCGGUGGAAGGGUUGUUCUAUAGAUGCAAGCUGUGUGAGUUUGACGUGCACCCUCUUUGCACACAGCUUCCUCAGCACGUGAGGCACGUGCUUCACCCUGCUCAUCACUUGGAGUUUCGCCUCGGAGGAGCUAGCCCGUGCAUGGUGUGUUACAACCCGUGCCAAUCUUGGAGGUAUAGGUGUGAGUUAUGUAGGUUUGAUAUUCAUAUGGAGUGUAUAUUAACCGUGUGCAACACGUCACCUUCUGACAAGACCGAAGCAUCGGGCACUAAGAGUAAAGGGCUCAAGCCACAAGGAGGACAACCAUCAUGGUCCGCGCCAUGGCAACAACCGCAUAUGGGUUACCCUUAUGGGUUUGGACCGAUGGGUCAACAACCGCAUUUUGGUUACCCUCAUGCGUUUGGACAAAUGGGUCAACAACCUUAUCAUCCUCAUAAUUUUAAUAAUUUUGGUUUCACGAACGGGUUCAAUAUGAAUCCGGGUCAAGUACCAGAGGCCGGAUCGGGUCAAAAACCAAGUCCUAGCAAGGGCUGGAAAAUGUUUACUAUUGCAUCCAAGCUAACAAUUGGUGUGGUUUCUAAUGCACUGUUUGGGGUUUCCCUUGAAGGUCUCUUUUUUUGAGUUUUGAAUUAUUUUCCUUUCUACUAAAUAAAAUUGGAAACCAAUGUCGAUCCAAUCAUUCAACUUUGAUCCCGCAUUUUAUAAUCCUACUUGUUUGCUAAAUGGAAAGUUUUUGAUUGUGUACAAUUAUUUGAUAGAUCCCAUGUGUAAAGCAACUCAAAAGUCAUAUAUACACAAUGGAUGCCAAAUUGACCAUAAUAUGGCAAUUAGUUAUUGUCAGUCAACUACCCAAAGUCAACUAAGCUGCUCUACCACGUUCUCAGGAUAUAUACCAAUUAGUUAACAUGGAUACAUAUAUAUAUGAGAUAGCGCUUUAUACCGAUCAAUUAACAUAUGGAUACAUAUACCAAUCAGUUAACAAAUACAUAUAUACCAAUCAG